GUGAAUGAAAAGGGGAAGAAGAGAGUAUGAUUACUCUGAGGCUGGUUUUCUGCCCUCUCCCUGCUGUAAGGAACUGUCUUCCUAAUGGGAGAAAGGAAAUUUUCCACUGUAGCACAAGAGAAGUAACUUGUCUAAGUGUUUUGUGGUUAGCUGCAAGUCCUAAGCUGCUGAAGAUAAAAGAUCUUGUUCUACGAACUCUUGCUUUUUGGAUUUUAAACAUUACAGUGUCCAGAAGGAGUACAAUUAUUUUUGCUGUGUUGAGUUCUGUGUUGAUCCCCUGUGCCCCAUUUUUCACAGGGCCAGAUGGAUGGAGAAGAUACAACAGAAUAAAUACAUGCAGGCAUCCCACUACAAAGAAAACUUUCUGCAUGGGAGCUGGCUCAGGAGAAAUGAUGUUGUUGGGAUUGGAAAGGUGAAGGUGAGAAAACCCAAGACUUUUUGUCUCCUUGGAGAUAACAGCCAGCCAACAUUACCUUCAGAAAUCUGUGUGAAGGCUUGUCUAGUUUGAAGGGGAUGUUUUUCCUCUAGUACUGGAAACAAACAGUCAGAAGGAAAAAUGGAUCCCUUCUUUUGGCCAUCAGAAGUUAACAGGUUUCGACGAUUCACCCCCGAGUCCUUGGCAGCAAUUGAGGAAAGAAUUGCCAGCAAAAAAAAGGAGCAAGUCAAAGUUAAAGAGAAGACUAAGGAACAAGGAGUUGAAGAAGAUAAAAUUACUCCUCAGCUUGACCUUAAAAUCUGCAAAACGUUGCCAUCUCUGUAUGGGGACAUUCCUGCAGAGCUGGUUGGGGAACCCCUGGAGGAUUUUGAUCCAUACUACAGUGAUCACAAGACUUUUAUGGUGUUAAAUAAAAGGAGGACUAUUUUCCGGUUUUCUGCCACACCUGCCUUGUUUAUAUUUGGUCCUUUUAAUCCAGUCAGAAAAAAGGCAAUUAAAAUUCUGAUCCAUUCAUAUCCUUUCAUUGUUUUUCUUGGCAUUAUUACAUGUACUGUGUUACUCAAUUGUAUGGCUAUGACUAUCCCUCACCUUACUGCAGAAACCUACUGGACUGAACAUGUUUUCACUGCUAUCUAUUCUACUGAAAUAUUGAUUAAAGUAGUAGCAAGAGGAUUUGUUUGGAAUGAAUUUACUUUUCUUCGAGAUCCAUGGAACUGCUUGGAUUUUUCUAUUAUUAUUGUAAUGUACAUUACUGUAUUUCUGAGUGUUGGCAAUGUUUCAGUUCUUCGAACUUUCAGAGUACUGAGGACUUUGAAAGCUAUUUCAGUAAUACCAGGUCUGAAAGUCAUUGUAAAUUCACUUGUUGAGUCUGUUAAGAAGCUCUUGGAUGUGCUGAUCCUGACUGUAUUUUGCUUGAGUAUAUUUGCACUAAUAGGCCUUCAGCUCUUUAUGGGCAACUUAAAAUCCAAAUGUGUCCUCAAUAAAAAUCUGUUCAAUGACUCAUUCUGUAAGGAUCCCAAGAUAUAUGUACCAAAUGAUGAAGAGCAAUGCUUCAGAUUGAAAGACUCUUCUGAAAUAUUCCUGUGUGUGUACAGGGAAGGUCUCAAAAGUAAUUGUCCAGAAAACUACACCUGUGAGAAGAUUGGGAACAAUCCUGAUUUUGGUUAUACAAGUUUUGACCACUUUGGCUGGGCUUUCCUCUCUGUGUUCCGGCUGAUGACCCAGGACUGCUGGGAGCGCCUCUACAGACAAACCAUCCAUACCUCUGGAGUGUCCUGCAUCUUUUUUUUUAUGGCAGUCAUCUUCUUCUGCUCAUUUUAUCUCUUCAAUCUGAUCUUGGCUGUGGUAACUAUGGCAUAUGAAGAGGAAAACAGAGCAACUCGUGCUGAAACAGAGGCAAAGGAAAAAAUGCUUCAGGAUGCCAGACAAAUUAUAGAGAAGGAACAGAUGUUGGCUGUGGAAGAAAGCAGUAAGGCCUUGCAUGCUGCAUCUGAAAUGUCAGUUGCUGACUUGAAAAAUUCAGAAGGAAAAGAGAGUAAUAAACAAACACUUACUUCAAGGCAAAACUUAAUUUCAGAUAACCAGGAAAAUGAGGAGCAAAUAUUUCGUUCACAGCCUGAUCGCUGCCACAAGAAGCUUAGGCAGAUCCUGCUGGACUAUGAGGUCUCAAUGGAUGCUAUCAAUGAUCCUGUCCGAAGGCAGAGGUUAAUGAGUGCAGCCACAAUUCUUACAGAUAAUUCACAGUCAAAACUGAACUGUCCUACAUUUUGGAAAAAUUUCCCUCAAAAGUAUCUAAUUUGGAAUUGUUGUCCGUUCUGGAGAGCAGUCAAAAGGAGGAUGAAAUUGGUGAUUUUGAAUCCAUUUGUUGAUCUCUUAAUCAUGGUUUGCAUUAUCUUGAAUACCUUGUUCCUGGCUAUGGAGUACCCCACCAUGGAAAAAGAAUACCAAGAAAUGAUUUCUCAAAGUGACCAGGUCUUCACCCUGAUUUUUACUGUUGAAAUGAUCUUGAAAAUCAUUGCUCUAGAUCCUUACUACUAUUUCCAGGAAAAGUGGAAUGUUUUUGAUAGCUUGGUUGUUUUGAUUGGCCUAGCAAGCUUUGGAACAAAUCUGUCACCUUUCAGGCUGCUCAGGAUCUUCAAAUUGGCAAAGUCCUGGCCAGCCUUAAACACUCUCAUGAAAAUAAUUCUACACUCAUUUGGCGCCCUGAGUAACCUCACUCUGGUUUUGGCAAUCACUAUAUUUAUUUUUGCUGUAGUAGGAAUGCAGAUUUUGGGCAGUGAUUAUAGUGGAAAUGCCUGUAAAAUCAGCUCCAGUGGCAAAUUACGCUGGCAUAUGAUGGAUUUUAGUCAUUCAAUCCUCAUUAUCUUCCGAAUAUUAUGUGGAGAAUGGAUUGAAACUAUGUGGGAAUGCAUGGAAGUGGCUGGAAAAAGGAAAUGUCUCACCAUUUUCUUGCUUGUUCUGGUACUAGGAAACCUGGUGGUGCUCAACCUGUUCAUUGCUUUGCUGCUGAGUUCAUUCAACAUUGAUGGCCCAGAGGGACAAGAGGAGCCUGGAGAAGGGACUAAAUACCAGAUUGCCAUUGCACAGAUUCACAAGAGCCUGAAGGCUGUGAAAAACAGAAUUUGGGAUCACUGCUGCAAAAGAAUGAGGGGAAGCCUCAGAAAAGCAGACAAAAAGAAGACUUUGGCAGAAGUUUCUGGGAAGGGCAUAGAGGUUACUAAUUAUGCCAUGACAGAUGUCAGGAAAUACAUAGACAACAGCUCCUUUGAUAUAGAGUGUGGCCAUAUGGAAGAGAGUUCCUCACUAGCAAGGAAAUAUGAAGAAAUUUUGACCAGCCCCAGUACCUGUGUUCCCAUUGCAACAGCAGAGGCUUACCCCAAGGAAGGUGAUGGUGGGCACAUUUUGCACACAGCUGUAGAAUACAGGAAACAGAAAUAUCAUUCUGUUCGUAGCUUUUCUGAAGCCAGCACUGUGGAUCCAGUGGUUCUUCUGGAGAUGUUUUCCCAGACUAAAAACUCCCAGCUGCCUAAGGACUGCUUUGUAGAGAGUUGUGUUGAGUGUUUCCCAUGUUGUGUAGUGGAUACCACCAAGUUUCCAGGCAGAACUUGGUGGAACUUUAGAAAAACCUGCUACAGAAUCGUGAACCAUAGCGGAUUUGAAUAUUUUAUGGUUUUUAUGAUUGUAUUGAGCAGUGCAGCAUUGGCAUUUGAAGAUGUUCACCUGCAUGAGAGGGAAAAAGUGAAAGUCAUCCUAGAUUAUGCUGAUAUCAUAUUUACCUACACCUUUUUUACGGAGAUGCUUCUGAAGUGGGUAGCUUUUGGUCUGCACAGUUAUUUCACAAAUUCUUGGUGUUUGCUUGACUUCAUCAUUGUGUGUCUGUCCUUUGUUUCCUGGGGACAAAAUUCUGUUUCUGAAAAUUCCUCACUUUGUUCCUCUGGGACCAGCCUGAAAUCUCUCAGGACUUUCAGAGCGCUGCGGCCUCUACGAGCUUUGUCAAGAUUUGAAGGGAUAAAGGUUGUUGUGAAUGCACUCUUUGGAGCCAUCCCCUCCAUCUUCAACGUUCUGCUCGUCUGCGUUGUCUUUUGGCUCCUUUUUAAUGUUCUAGGAGUCAAAUGGCUUGGAAGCAGAUUUUGGAAAUGCACACACAAACAAGAAAGUACUGAUCACAUUCAUGGCAGAAACGAUUGUCUUUCCUUCAAUGGGACAUGGACAAAUAAUGUUGUAAAUUUUGACAAUGUUGGCAUGGGUUACUUGGCUCUUCUCCAAGUGGCAACUUUUAAAGGCUGGAUGGAUAUUAUGUAUGCAGCAGUGGAUUCACGUGAGAUUGAUCAACAGCCACAGUUUGAAGCGCGCUUACACAUGUAUGCAUUCUUUGUGGUUUUCAUUAUUUUUGGAUCUUUCUUCAUGCUGAACCUUUUCAUUGGAGUGGUUAUCAGCAAUUUUAACCAGCAAAGGAAAAAGAUAAGUGGGAAAGAUCUAUUUUUGACUGAGGAACAGAAAAAGUACUAUAAUGCCCUAAAAAAACUUGGAUCCAAGAAACCCCAAAAACCCAUCCCAAGACCAUCGAAUGCAUUCCUAGGAUUGCUGUUUGACAUCGUAAAUCACAAAGCUUUUGACAUCACCAUUGUGAUUUUCAUCUGUCUAAAUAUGAUUGUUAUGAUGGCAGAAAACAAUGACAAAGGCACCAAGGAUGUCCUUAAUAAAAUCAACUAUUUUUUUGUGGCUGUAUUCACUGCAGAAUGUGUCUUAAAAAUACUGGCCUUAAGGCACUACUACUUUGGGAGUGGCUGGAAUGUGUUUGAUUUCAGUGUUGUGAUCCUUUCAAUAGUGAGUCUUGGAGUUUCUGAAGUGUUUCGAUCUUUUUUCUCCCCUACGGUUUUGAGAACUCUUCGUUUGGCGCGGGUCGGCCGAAUCCUGAGAAUAGUUCGCAAAGCCAAAGGGAUUCGAACUCUUCUUUUUGCACUGCUGAUGUCUCUUCCUGCCCUGGUCAACAUUGGCCUUCUGCUUUUCCUGAUUAUGUUCAUUUAUGCCAUCGUGGGCAUGGCAAACUUUGCCUGCCUCCCGCGGGAGGGUGGGAUUGAUAACAUUUUCAACUUCGAAACAUUUUGUGGUAGCAUUCUCUGCCUCUUCCAAAUUACCACAUCUGCUGGCUGGGAUGGUCUUCUGGCCCCCGUGCUGAAAGAAUCUGAUAAAUGUGCUCUCCAAUUAAAUGUUACAGGGACAAAGAAAAAUAAUUGUGUAAAUAAGGGCUUUGGUAUUUUAUAUUUUGUAAGCUAUGUCAUUAUAUCGUUCCUCAUUGUUGUAAAUAUGUACAUAGCUGUCAUUUUAGAGAACUUCAGUGUUGCCACAGAGGAGAGCACGGAUCCUCUUUGUGAGGAUGACUUUGAUAUGUUUUAUGAGACAUGGGCAAAGUUUGACCCUCUGGCGACACAGUAUAUAGAUUAUUCUGCCCUCUCAGACUUUGCAGAUGCUCUGGCAGACCCCUUGCGCAUCCCAAAGCCCAACAAAAUCCAGCUCAUAGCCAUGGACAUCCCUAUAGUUAGUGGAGAUAAGAUCCACUGCUUGGAUAUCUUGCUGGCUUUCACUAAAAGGGUCUUGGGAGAAGCUGGAGACCUGGAGAGUCUUGAAUUAAACAUGGAAGAAAAGAUUGCAGCUGGCAAUCCAUCUAAAAGUUGUUACAGCCCAAUUUCUUCUACCCUUAAAAGAAAACAAGAGGAAGUGUCAGCUCUUGUUAUUCAAAAGGCCUUCAGGAGGUAUUUGAAACAACGUUCUCUUCAAAAUAUGUCCUUGUACCGUUGUAAACAUAACAGUGCUGUCUUUGGACGAGAAAUACAGGACAAGCAAAGUCUUCUUGAAUCACUGCUUAAUGAAAAUCAUGGUAGGAAGGCAGAUAAAUUACGUCCUGCUUCUUCCAUAUCCCUUCCUUUAUUUUAUGAUGGCUUUGCUGAGACAGGCAGCAAAAAGCUUGACACAUGAGGUCACCCCUGGCUGCAGCAUUUUCAAUUAAACCAAUGUCACCUAUUUUCAGAUGGAGGCCAUGUUUUGAUCCCACAAAUACUCUACAUUUAGAAUAAUACUGGCAGCCUUCAAGUAUUGUAAUUGUUCAGAUUUGCAAAUGCUCCUUAAAGCACUUAAGAUUUGAACAAUUAUGUCAUAAAUAUUAGAGGAAAAUCAAACCAUGGAAUUUUUUUCCUCAGCUACUGGUGUUGGUGAGUUAAUUUUUUCAGCUGUCAUUUUUCUGUUAGUUCAUGUGCUUACAGAAGAAGUCUGUAAAAGAUCAGUUGUAAGCACUUAUUUAUGAACACACAAGGAUAUAGAAUAAGGUAUAUGUCUUUAGGGAGAGCCAAUUUUUCCAAAUAGGUUUUAUUGUAGCAAAAUUAAGUAAUACUGCACUUCUGUAAAGGAGCUCACUCAAGACACUUGAGUAUAAUCAGCCUCCAAUUUUGAUUUUUUUUGGGAUCAUCCUCCUCCUAAUGUCUUUCAAUGGAUUUGUUUAUGUCUAAGAAUUUUUGAGGUGCCUUUGCACAAACACCUAAAGGGAUUUAACAGAUCAUCCUCAGUUGCCUGUGCCUGAAAGUUGUACAUAAUUUGUUCUUUGUAUAUUUCAGUGUAUUAAAAUUGUUGUAAUCAUAAUUAAAAUCAAAGAAUGUUGUGAAGGAGAUAAUGUUUCUAGUAAGGAAUAAUUGUACAUAAAAUUCCAUCAUUGUACUUUAUCCCUGGGAAGCACUACUUAGUAAUCUGAAAAGAAGUUCAUGGUGUAUCUCGUGAGGUAGCAUUUAUUAAAUUUAGAGAAAGCAUUUAUUUCAUUGACUCUGAAAAAAAUAUAUGAGCGAUGUGUAAUAAUAUUUUACUGAUUUUUUUUUUAUUUUGCAGUUUGGAAUAUGACUGGUUUAAAUUCUUCAAUUAAGACUUCCCAUGCUUAACAUGUUUUUGUCUAUUUUCUAGGAAGUAUCUUCAAUUUCAUUUGUUACAAGACAAUCUAUUAUUGAGGGGUAGAACAACAGUAAUAGAAUUUUCCCAAAGUGGCUAUCUAUAAGCACAAGAAAACUGAAAAUAUUUUGCUAUUCACAGGGAGUCAGAAAAAAUUUAGCAUUUUCAGGCCAAGAAUAUAAAGAACAAUAAGGUAAUGAAUUUUCACUGUCAUUUACCUUUUUAAAUACUAUGAAAAUAGGACAGAUUUAGUCAAAACUAAGCUAUUUUGGGGACAAAUAAAGGCACAGGCAAGCUAAGAGUUAAAGAGCUCAGAUACAGUAUAGUCUGAACUAGAUUUAUUAUGGAAAAACAUUGGAACAGCUUCCCCAGGGAAGUGGUGGAGACCCUGUCUCUGGAAGAGUUCAAAAAAUGAGUGGAUGUGGCACUUGGUGCUGUGGCUUGGUGGGCCUGGAGGUGUUCAAUCAAAGGGUGUGAUAGUAGGGAUAAAAUGUUUCUAAAAUCAUGGAAUAUUCAGGGGAGUUAGGAAGGAAGGAUAGGCCUGGCAGGCCCAGGGAAAAUGUUAGGCUGCACCUGUAUAAUCAUUUAAUGACUAUGAUAACUGAUAUGAUUGUUAGAUGUGAUGAUUGUUUGGUAAUUGGAUAUAAUAAUUGCUUAAUUGCAACAAGAAUCAUGAGAAAAGAUGCUGGGGGGGCUUUGAUGGAAAUUACAAAAUCCAUGCUUGGAUGAAAUCAAUGUAUACAAUAGAACAAUGUAAGUUUAAUAAUGAAUAUGUAGUUAUAUAAUGAUAAGGGUAUAAAAACAUGUUCAUCCUGAA